AUGCUUUACUGGAUUAAUCAUGAAGAUUUGGGGAUUAAUCAUGAACCUGUUAUCGUCAAAGGAUUUGAACAUUGGGAUCCAAAGAAGAGACCCUAUAUUACUCGUGGAGGUCUAAAAGGAAAAUAUGUUCUGUUACAAUAUCACUUUCAUUGGGCAGUUGAUCAUUUGGAGGGGAGUGAACAUUGUAUAGACGACAAGUAUUAUCCCGUUGAGCUUCAUUUAGUUCAUGUCAAAGAAGGAUAUACUUUAGCCGAGGAUUUGGAAAAGCCUGAUGGAAUUGCUGUUGUUGGGUUUUUUAUGAAAAUUGGGAAAAUUGGAAGAAAAAUGGAGAAUUUCGAAAGAGUGAUUAAAUAUGGUAAGCAGAAAAGAGAGAGAGUUCAAGACUUUUGGAAGGGGCAGGCAUUGCCGAUUUUGACCCAUUGGCAAUCUUUGAUAGGCAUUCUUGCUCACAUCGUGUUUGAGGGAUCCCGCAUGCAGGAGUAA